AUGAGUGAGAUCGCACAUCCACGAUCCUCGGCCGCGAUUGCAGGCGAUACGGCGGGAAAGAUUCUCCCCACUACCAGCGGGGAUGGACCGAAUAAGAAUGGGACAGUGAAGAAGCGCAGCUUGGACUAUGUUCUGCGGAGCGGUCUAGCUGGAGGAUUGGCUGGCUGUGCGGCUAAAACAGUUGUAGCGCCACUUGACCGUGUCAAGAUUCUUUUCCAGGCCUCAAAUCCGAAGUUCGCCAAAUACACCGGUAGCUGGGCAGGCCUUGCUGCUGCCAUCAGGGACAUCAAGCGCUAUGAAGGUGCUCGCGGUCUUUACAAAGGCCAUUCCGCCACCCUUCUCCGAAUCUUCCCUUACGCCGCCAUCAAAUUCCUCGCCUAUGAACAGAUCCGCGCUGCCAUGAUACCCUCACACGAUAAAGAAACCGCGAUACGCCGCUUGGUGUCCGGUAGCAUAGCAGGAAUCACGUCCGUCUUUUUCACAUACCCGCUAGAAUUGGUUCGCGUUCGACUUGCUUUCGAGACGAAGAAAUCAUCGCGAUCGUCAUUAUUAGAUAUUUGCCGCCAGAUAUACGGUGAACGAAUUACUCCUCCCUCCACAGACCCUGCAGCCGUAGCCGCAUCAUCCGCAUCGCAACCGCCCCCUUCCACAGUCGCCGCAGCCGAAACCGUUUCCUCAACAGUAAACGCCGUCGUACCUCGAUCAGGUAUCGCAAACUUUUAUCGCGGCUUCGUACCGACACUCCUUGGCAUGCUUCCCUAUGCAGGUAUGUCGUUCCUCACUCACGAUACGGUUGGUGACUGGCUUCGCCACCGUAGCGUAGAACGGUACACAACAAUCCCCGGAUCGGAAGCAAAAUCACAUAAGAAAGGCCCUCGGCGACUUCAACUUACAGCCGCCGCGGAGCUGUUCUCGGGUGCAGUAUCUGGCCUUGUCUCUCAGACAUUCUCAUAUCCUCUCGAGGUUAUCCGUCGGCGAAUGCAGGUUGGCGGAGCUGUUGGCGAUGGCCGCCGUCUCGGAAUUGUCGAGACUGGACGCACGGUCUUCUUAGAGCGUGGAUUCCGCGGCUUCUUCGUCGGCUUAACAAUCGGCUAUAUCAAGAUUGUCCCAAUGACCGCCACCAGUUUCUUCGUUUACGAGCGAUUGAAAUGGUCGCUGGGCAUCUAG